AUAACAGCAAUGUUUAUAUACCACCAGACUGGACUAAGACCGAAGUUACCGAGGAUAUCGUUCCUACUGUAAGAAAUAGUUCGGGAAAGUACCGAUUCCUGGUUUGUUUCCCAAAACGGUUAAUGAUGGUGCACAUCAAUGGCUGCAGAGUGGCAUAGCCAGUUCUAGCACAGAGUAAAGAAUGAUCCAGGUUAAAGAAAAAACAGAUGGUUGCCUUAAAACUGGAACAGAGGAAGGGAAGACUGUGAAUUCAGAUCCUGGACAUGAAGAGGGGCACAGCAAGUCCUCCAGUGGAGAAGCUGACCGCUGCCCUGAAGCCCCUCUGGGAUGGGUGAAGGUGGUGAGGCAGAGGAAGUCUGGCAAAACUGCAGGAAAGUAUGACGCAUACAUGAUCAGUCCACAAGGAAAGAAGUUCAGAUCCAGGGCUGCACUUCAGGUCUAUCUUCAAAGCAUUCAAGAGGUUAAACUAACAGCAGCAGAUUUUGAUUUCACCGUACCUGGGAGGAGUAAUGCCUUACCAAACCCUGCAAGAAAAGAUAGCAAAUCUUCUAAUAAAGACUUGAAAGUUCAGUGUGACACUGCUGUGGAAACCGAAGAAGUCGCCCUGUGUGUAACGGAGGGAGGGUCUGAAAGUUGUGUUUUCAGUGAACUGGCUUCUGCGUUCUCUCCGGCUUGCGUGGAAGGCUACGAGGUUUUCCCUGAAAGCGGAGCUGAUGGAAACUUGUGCACAAAGACUAAACGUGGACACUCUGCGGCAAAAGAAACUCCUGCAAGGAAGCUAAGGGGAAGACAGGGCAGGACAGGUUCAGUUGGGGGGCUGAGAAAGACGGCAAGGAAAAUCUCAGCCACGCAGCAGGAGAAGGUGGUGGUCCAUGGUGGUGAAGCUGGGGUGAUGAGGAGAACAAGCUACUCCAGAGGCAUCAAAAAAGAAAAACUUCUGAAAGAAUCAGAAAAGGGAGAAGGGCUUUUAAAAGGGACAUUGUUAAAAUCAUUGUACUCAAAUGAAAUCCAGUCCAAUGCAGACUCCCCAGUGAGUCAGGCAGAGCCUUUAAAAGUGAAGCCUGGCAAUAUCACUCAGCCUGCCGAUAUCACUCAGCCUGAGGAGAUCUCCACUGAGCUAGGGUCAGAUCAAACUGGUUUCGUGCCCCAACACGGGGAGAAGGGGGGUUCAUCGGAGAGGUUUACAUCGGUGAGACCACAGCAAGCAGGGGAGUUUAGUCUGAAAACACAAAUAGAGAGACGGAAGACAAGCCUCUACUUCUGCAGCAAAUCCACCAAAGAAGCUCCAAGCCCACCCAGGCGUAAAGCUUUCAGGAAAUGGACCCCGCCUCGCUCUCCAUUUAAUCUGGUACAAGAAACGCUUUUCCAUGAUCCUUGGAAACUUCUGAUUGCCACCAUUUUCCUCAAUAAAACCAGCGGUAAGAUGGCAAUCCCAGUUCUGUGGCAGUUCCUUGAUCGCUACCCAUCCCCUGAAGUCACUCGUAGCACCGACUGGACAGAGAUAGCAGAGCUGCUGAAGCCUCUGGGUCUGAAUGAACUGAGAGCUAAAGCGAUGGUGAAAUUUUCAGAUGAAUACCUGACUAAGCAGUGGAAGUAUCCCAUUGAAUUGCACGGCAUUGGAAAAUAUGGAAAUGAUUCCUAUAGGAUAUUCUGCGUCAAUGAAUGGAGGCAGGUUGACCCUCAAGACCACAAAUUGAACAAAUACCAUGCCUGGCUGUGGGAAAAUCAUGACAAGCUGGGAAUCUAAUUGUGAAAACUCUCCUUGUUAUAUAUAUCUAUAUCUAUAUAUCUAAUCUAUAUAUAUUUGAAGAUUUUAUUUAUGUUUUUAUAAAUCAGGAUUAUAUUUUACAUUUGCAAAGAAACAUGUCGAUUUUAUAUGUGUGAGAUGUAUAUAUUGUUUUUUUGUUUUGUUUUUUACAUAAAUUGACAAUAAAAAGUUGUCGUCUGUUAAGUCUCUAACCAUGGUGAGGGAUAUAGGAUCAAUUAUUCAUACCCAAUGAUAACCAUUAUUAGUAUUAUUAUUAACUAAUUUAAAUAAAAUGAAAGUGCUACUUCUGUAGGGAGAGCUGGUGUUUAGAUACAUAAAGAUAAUAAGUCAAUGUGUAAUGGUUUAAUUUAAUUAGCACUCUUAAAUAUACAUUUCUCCCAGAGCAGGUCAAGACCAAACAGAAUUGAACAAUAAACCACACAACAACGUUAUAUCGUUUAUGAAUUUCAUCAAAAAGUUAGUAAAGUAAUACGGUACAAAAGUAGAAAAGAAAAUUAGUAUCAAAAUUGCAUGAAUCAGUACAUUAAAUUCAGCAAUGGAUAAUAUUCAGGUAAUAUUUCAGCUUCAGUGUAAAUAUCAAUUACAUGUAAAAGCAAACAUUCAUAUGGGUCUU